GGAGAGAGAGGAGGCGAUGAGAGGAAGCUGCAAUAAACACACAGGGCGUCUGCGCCUAUCUAAGUAGGACAAUAAAGUGAAAACGGUAUCAAUGCUCUAACAAUGGAUUUGUCAGAUAUGCUCCUUCUUAAAGUUUUCCUCUUCGUGUACUUACUUAACUACACCCAAGGACAUUAUAGGAAUCCUCUGAACAAGUACAUCCGUCACUAUGAAGGCCUGUCGUAUGACACAGAGCUUAUUCACAGCAAUCAUCAGAGGGCCAAGAGGGCGCUCUCUCAUGAAGACAAGUUCCUUCAUUUAGAAUUUCACGCCCAUGGAAGGCAUUUUAAUUUACGUAUGAAGAGAGAUACCACCUUAUUUGCUCAAGAUUUGAAGCUGGAUUUUUCAGGCGAAGAGAUUCCAUACGAUACCUCCCAUAUCUACUCUGGAGAAAUCUAUGGUGAAAAAGGUACCCUCUCCCAUGGCUCCAUUGUGGAUGGUAAGUUUGAGGGCUUCAUUCAGAGCUACCAUGGCACCUACUACGUGGAGCCCGCUGACAGAUACAUGGAGGGCAAGAAUGUGCCUUUCCACUCCGUCAUCUACCACGAAGACGACAUACUCUACCCGCACAAGUACGGUCCAGAGGGAGGCUGUGCUGAUAGCUCAGUGUUUGAAAGGAUGAAGAAGUAUCAGGCCUCUGCUGUAGGGGAGCCACCCAAGGAGCUCCACACCGAGGCCGACUCGAAUGACGCAGUGCUGCUGAGGAAGAAGAGAAUGGCUCAGGCAGAGAAAAACACCUGCCAGCUCUUCAUUCAGACUGACCACCUCUUCUACAAGUACUACAAAACCAGAGAGGCUGUCAUUGCUCAGAUCUCCAGUCACGUCAAGGCCAUCGACGCCAUCUAUCAGGGAACAGACUUCAUGGGCAUUCGCAACAUCAGCUUCAUGGUGAAAAGGAUCAGGAUCAACACUACCAAUGAUGAGAAAGACAGAUCCAACCCAUUCCGCUUUGCUAAUAUUGGAGUGGAGAAGUUUCUGGAGCUGAACUCGGAACAGAACCAUGACGACUACUGCUUGGCUUACGUUUUCACUGACAGAGACUUUGAUGAUGGAGUUUUGGGGUUGGCCUGGGUGGGAGCCCCUUCAGGGAGCUCCGGUGGAAUUUGCGAGAAAAGUAAGCUGUAUUCAGAUGGCAAGAAGAAGUCUCUCAACACAGGAAUAAUAACUGUACAGAACUAUGCCUCCCACGUACCUCCAAAAGUCUCCCAUAUCACUUUUGCACAUGAAGUAGGACACAACUUUGGCUCCCCGCAUGACUCUGGAUCUGAGUGCACGCCAGGAGAAUCCAAGAGCCAAGACAAGAAGGAGAAGGGCAAUUAUAUCAUGUAUGCACGAGCUACAUCGGGCGACAAACUCAACAAUAAUAAGUUCUCCAUCUGUAGUGUGCGUAACAUCAGCCAGGUGCUGGAGAAGAAAAGAAGCAACUGCUUUGUUGAGUCUGGGCAGCCCAUCUGUGGGAAUGGUCUGGUGGAGCCUGGAGAGGAGUGUGACUGUGGUUACAGUGACCAGUGCAAGGACCAGUGCUGCUACGACGCCAACCAGCCCGAUAACAAGAAGUGCAAAUUGAAGUCCAAUAAAGUCUGCAGUCCCAGUCAGGGUCCCUGUUGCACCGCCGAGUGCACAUACAAGAGUCGUAACGACAAGUGCAGAGAGGAAUCGGAAUGUGCUCACCAGGGCAUGUGUAAUGGAGUCAGCGCUCAGUGCCCCACAUCCGAGCCCAAAGCCAACUUCACCGCCUGCCACGGAGAAACUCAAGUCUGCCUCAACGGGGGCUGCUCUGGGUCCAUCUGUGAAAAGUAUGGACUCGAGGCGUGUACCUGCGCCAGCCAAGAUGGCAAGGAUGAGACUGAGCUGUGCCACGUGUGCUGCAUGGACAAGAUGAAUCCGAACACAUGCAGCAGUACAGGGUCCGAGCGCUUGGCUCGGUUCUUCAAUAAGAAGGUGACCACCCUUCCGGCUGGCUCACCCUGCAAUGACUUCAAGGGCUACUGUGACGUGUUCAUGAAGUGCCGCCUGGUGGACGCAGAUGGACCUCUUGCCAGGCUGAAGAAGGCCAUCUUUAACCCAGAGCUUUAUGAAAAUAUAGCCGAGUGGAUUGUGGCCCACUGGUGGGCAGUACUACUGAUGGGUAUCGCUCUCAUCAUGCUCAUGGCUGGUUUCAUCAAGAUCUGCAGUGUUCACACACCAAGCAGUAACCCCAAACUCCCCCCACCUAAACCACUUCCAGGCACUUUGAAGAGGAGGCGAGCGCAGCAGCAUGCCAACUCCCAGGUGCAGCACCAGUCUCAGCACCAGCACGGCCACAGCGGUCACGGUGGCCACGGCGGCCAUGGCGGCCACGGCGGCCAACGACAACAGCAGAGGCAGCCGCAGCGACAGGCGCAGCCGCAGAGGCACCACCGUCAGCCCAGAGAGAACUAUCAAAUGGGCCAGAUGAGACGCUGAGACCCCGCACCCCACCUCCCACCCCCCAAUGCCUUGGCUCCUCCUUGUGCCUACAGUGGGAAACAAAAGCGUCACUCCAUCCAAAGAAAAGCCUGACAUGGUUGUUAGUCAUCAUCAUAUCCUUCAUCGACAGACAAAACAGACACAUGAAAAGAGAAAACACUAUCUAGCAACUUGGCUCUUUGUGGAGUGGACUCGACCAUCAGCCAUUUCCAAUGCAGUGCGAUCUAGCAUCUUUUUCCACCUUUUUUUCUUUUCUAAGGAGUGCCAAGGAGUUAAGGAAUCAUGUGUAGCUUUAGUACAUUUUGUGAUGUGUUUUUUCGUUUUAUUGCAACGUCUUCUUGAGUGACACGCCCGUGGCUGCUGGUGAAUUGUUCCGUGCUUUUCUUUUCGCCAUUCUAGCCAGGAAUGAGAGACACUCAGCGGGGAUUUGCGGCACUUUUGUGAUUUACACACAUUCAAAUGGCAAAAGACACAGGCUCUGGUGUCUCGUGCAGACAGUCCUCUGCAUGUGAUUGUACAUAUUUAGUGUAUUAUAAGUGAAAAACUAUUUCUUCUACUGUAAAUGUGUAAUUCUUCACUUUUUUUCUUUUAUUUUUCGGUUAGUGCUCUCAGGACUCUUAACACAUAAAUGAAGGAGUGAUGGUUGUGAUGAGUUCCUUGGACGUAGCUGUUGAGGAUUUGAUCGCCGAGUCCCCUUUGCAGUCGUCCAGUCAGGUGGAUCUCUUUCACUUUUGCUAGAUUGCUAGAUUUCAACAAGGUCACCAUAUCCCACAUUUACGGCCUUCUUUGUUCAUGGUCCUUUUUUUUUUUUCUUUGUCUUGCUAACAUCAUGUUUUGCUCAUAUUGUGUAACAAGCUAGAUGAGGCAUUGAACCGUGGGAACAGAAAGGGAAAACUAUCACCUAGUUUGGUACACCUUUUAUUGUCUUUCUUAAUUUUUGUUUUUGAUAAUGAAGAAUGAAUAACCACUAACUGAAGCUGUUCGGAUAUGAAGACGAGGGAAAGUGAAGGCUGCUGUGGCUUAGUUUAGAAGUGAGAGUGUAUCAUGUUACAGAGUUAGUUUACAUGAGUGUGGAAAUAAAUUUAAAAACGACUCCGGUGUGGAUGUAAAAAGAAAAAAAAAAAAGAUAAAAUCAUUCUAUUAUUCUUCAGAUAGUGAAUCUAAGAACUUUUCAAUGUGGGCAUGCAGACACAUUUAUUAAAUGUGACUAUUAAUUGACCAAGGUCUGUAAUAUUUGUACGUCACUCAACACAAUUUACUUUGACAGCUAUUAAUGUUGGUCUGGAAGGAGCGGCAGUGGAACGCAGCAGUAUUGUUACCGGUUUUCACCAACACAUUCCGUAGAGUACACUAGUUUGACAGGAGAAGAGACGCUGUUUGAUUUGUAGAAUUCACCUGCAGCUAACUCCUCCGUCACUUUUCUUCAUGGACUAAAUCCCCUUAAGAGCUCAUGAGUGCAGGCUUCAGUGGAAGUUUACAUCAGCGUGCCAUACGACUUUAUCAAGCUGAUUUUAUUUUAUUUUAUUUUUCUUGUGCACAGGAGGUUUUGGGGCCACUUUAAAUGAAUGGAAGUCAGAAUUUGACAAGAGUGAUGUGUUGUGGAAAUGUUCGACCUCAGGUGUUUUCUUACCCCUUCGCAGUGCGAUGGGGAGGGGUUGGGAAAGGAUAACAAACUAACACUUACUGAGGAAAUCUAGUCAUGUGGGAAUGAGAUCACAGAACACUAAUGCUUUGUUGCACACAGACAAUGAAGCAGCGGGUUUUGCGAUUCUAGUAUUUGUGCUCUGACUUUAUUUUACUUUGGCUUUAUGUUUUAAAUGCAUGCAGUACUAAUCACAGCUAAACUCUGAGUGCAUUUGUCCUGACAGCAACCACACAUGUGCUCUGGAGGGGACGUAACACUAAUUCUUUCACAGUUACAGAUCAAGUCAGACGAAUUUGAGAUGAAUUGGGCAGGUUGUUCUACUUUACUUCUUAUGUCUGUACAAAUGGAGCUCUUUUUAAAUUUCAUCCUCUAGGCCCGAUUGCGCCUGUAAAAGCCUAGACAAUUUCCGUGUAAACUUGUACAGUACUUCGAAAAUUUGCAUUUCAUUUGAAAAUGAGAAUUACAUUUUGAUACAUUUGUUCAUUUUUUUGUAUUCUAAUUCCAGUUGUUCAAAGAUGUUCAUAUGUGACAAACUUUCCUCUCUUCUAAGUUAUUUAUGUUCCUAUAUGUGCUAGCUGAACUGGAGUUUGCUUAUGAUACUUUUCUCCACCAUCAUCAAUGGUAAAAACAAUUCAGUGUGAUGGAGUUAAUGUUACAUUCUCAUUUUUGUCUUCGUUAUCCUGUGGCAUGGUUUGGGUAGAAGAGCAGAAGAAUAAUGCCUGUAAAUUUACUUUCUUUUUAAUUUCGUAGUCUUGGUAAAGUUUUUAGAUAAACGUGCACUGAAAUGUCCAAAUUGAGUUGAAAUGUUGUAGGUGAUGUAGGCCGAAAGAACACAAGAUUAAAAAGUAAUACUACUGUCUGAUUUUAAUGUUCACUGUGUUUUAUACAGUAUCAGAAAUUUUUGUUCACUUUGAACAUUUUUACUAAAAAAAAAAAUUUCAAAUUGUAUUGUGCAAAGAGAUGUAAUUUUUGGAGUACUUGAAAUGCAUUAAUUAAAAGACUCGUUCAAAAUAAAAUAGACCCCUGUUUACUGUC